UCAAGAAUGAUGUUUUCGUGGUUGAUGAUAUCAUCACUUUUCUCCAUCAUAGGCUGAAAACAUGUGUUCCUUCAACAACUCCCUUUGUAUAUAGGUAGGUCGUAAACGUAUUCCUGCAUUCUUAACACCCCUUGCUAUUUCACAAUCCGCCACACCAGGCUUCACCUGGCAACCCAUCAACCAAAGAUGGCUCUCUUCAAGGAUACAACCUUUGGCUUUCUUAUGCGCAACGUUUCCGGUGGAAGACUAUUCAGAUAUGGCGACUGGGACAACGACGAACUUCGUGAGAAGUGGAUGAGCAGUGGAGAGAUCAAGGAAGAAGAGUCUUCCGACGACGAGGAGAAGAAUGGAUCGAAGAGCAAAUACAAGCUCAUCGACUUCGUAGAGGGCGACGAAGAUAACCCGCAGAACUGGUCCACCUUCAAGAAGUGCUUCGUCACUUUUAACAUCUGCUUCCUCACUCUGUCCGUCUACGUUGGAUCUGCCAUUUACACUUCUGGUCUGCCCUUCAUGACCCAAGAAUUUGGCGUUUCGACAGAGGUCAUUACUAUUGGUCUUACCCUCUAUGUUCUCGGCUACGGUAUCGGUCCCAUGAUCUUCGCUCCCCUCUCAGAAAUCCCCCAGAUUGGUAGAAACCCCAUCUACAUCAGCACUCUGGUCGUCUUUGUCUUUUUCAACUUCGGUGUCGUAUAUGCAAAGAACAUCGGUAUGCUUCUGGCUUUCCGUUUCCUUACUGGUUUCUUCGGAUCUCCCGUUCUGGCCACUGGAGGUGCUUCGUUGGCAGAUAUCUACCCUCCCGCCAAGCGCGCAUACGCUCUGGCCAUCUUCGGUAUCGCCAACAUCAUGGGUCCAUCGCUUGGUCCCGUCAUGGGUAACUGGGCAGCUCAGUUCAAGGGCUGGACUUGGCCCAUCUGGAUCAUCAUCUGGAUCUCUGGCCCUUGCCUCGUCUUCUUGAUCUUCUUCUUCCCUGAGACCAGUGCCAACAACAUUCUUUACCGCCGUACUGCUCGUCUGCGUAAGUGGCAGACCGAGAACGGUUACCUGGAUGACAAGCCCUACGACAAGAUCAAGUGCCAGCCUGAGAUUGAAGGCGAGAAGAUGAGCGCUGCCGAUAUGGCCAAGAUGACUCUUGUCAAGCCUUUCUCCCUCACCCUUAAGGAGCCUAUCGUCUUUGCACUGAACCUUUACAUUGCUCUGAUUUAUGCCGUGCUUUACUGCUGGCUGGAGUCGAUCCCCAUCGCCUUUGAACAGGUAUACGGAUUCAGUCUCGGUAUUACCGGUCUGUUCUACCUCGGUAUCUGUGUCGGUGGUCUCAUCUGUAUACCUCCUUACUUCUACUACAACUACUACUACGUUGAGCCUCGCUUCUCGGAAGAUGGCACUCUUCGUCCUGAGAUCAGACUGGAGCCUGCACUGGUUACAUGCUUCGCUCUUCCCAUCUGUCUGUUCAUGUUCGGUUGGACCGCCCGCGCCGAUGUGCACUGGAUCGUCCCUCUCAUCGGUACCUCGUUCUUCACCAUCGGAGCCUUCGGUGCCUUCUCUGGUGUCCUCAACUACCUCGGUGAUGCAUACCCUGCAUCUUUCGCUUCCAUCUCUGCUGGUAACGAUUUCUUCCGUUCGUGUUUCGGAGCUUGUUUCCCUCUGUUCGCCCGCCAGAUGUUCAACACCUUGGGCUUGAACUGGGGUAACUCUCUUCUCGGCUUCUUGACCAUCGUCUUCAUCCCCAUUAUCUACGCCUUGUGGUGGAAGGGAGACAGACUCCGCGCUCGCAGCGCAAACGCCUCCCAAGAAUACAUCAAGGGAAACAAGAAGGACGACAAGAAGGAUGGCGAUAAGAGCGACGAUGAGAAGACCCAAGUCGGCAGCGAUGAAGACAAGGAGAAGGACAAGGACGAGCAGUAAAACAAUAAGGCGCUACGACUAGGAACGACGACUGUAUAGACUAAUAUGUAAUAAAAUCUAAUGAUGAACGAAUUGUACUUUUAUGCAAAGAC